AUGAGCGUCGUCGUCGGGUGCCCCGUCAACCCCCGAUUUCCUCGCGCGUCCGCCGCCGACGUUCGCGGCGCCCGGCGCGUUCGCGGCGAUGCUCCGCGCGUCGGCGCCCGCGCCCGCCCCGCGCCCGCGUCUAACCGCGAUCUCAUCGUCGUCCACGGCAAGAAAAAAGGCGGGUUCGCAUCUGAGAUGAUGGGCGGCGGCGACGAGAACGCCGUCACGACGAAGAAGGCGGCGGCGUCAUCCAAGGGAACCGCGCCGCGCGCCGACGAGGUCUGCCCGUGCGGGGGCUACCCGACCCCGGGGCUGCCGUACGCGAGGUGCUGCAAGCCGUAUCACAAGGGCGACGCGUAUCCCGGCGACUGCGUCACGCUGAUGCGGUCUCGAUUCAGCGGCUACGCGAAGGGCGAGGGCGAUUACAUCGUCAAGACGACGCAUCCGGAGAAUCCAAUCUUUAAAGAUGGGAGCAAGGCGGAGUCCGGCAAGGUGGUCAGCUCCCUCGCCGACGACGUGAAGAUGACGUGCAAGAAGGUGCGAUUCUACGGACUGGAGAUCGUGCAGGACAAAGGGAAGGGCGAGGACGAGCACUACGUGGGGUUCAAGUACAAGUGCAGGGUGGUCGGGCAGAAGGGAUUUAAAGAGCUCGCCGAGGAGAGUCACAGCGAGCUCAGCACGUUCAGGCGCGGGGAGGACGGACGAUGGCUCUUCCUCGACGGCGUGACCGGCGCGGUCGAGUAG